UUUCAGGAAUAUCCGUAAGAAUCAAGCCCGAGUUUUAUACUUCCUUGCAACGCUUAAGACGCGUUUUCGUUGCAAAAUGGAAGCUACGAUAAGCGAUAGACGCAAAGUCAUAAUAGUCGUGGUUGUGGGCGUGACUUCACUUUUGACGACUGGUAGCAGCCUCCUUGCUAUUUACUUAAAAGGAGAUUCCCCCGACCAAUCAUCUGGGAAAUCAUCUGACAAAUCAUCUGGCGGACCCUACAGAAAUAGAGCGGUUGCCACGGAUACACUGCAGUGCUCCAAAAUCGGAAACGAGACCCUAAAAGCUAACGGUUCGGCAGUGGAUGCUGCAAUCGCCGCCAUGUUCUGUUUGGGUGUGGUCAGCAUGCACUCAUCAGGGAUAGGAGGCGGGGGAGUGAUGUUGAUCUAUAAUCAAACAUCAAAGAAUGCCACAGUCAUCGACUUUAGAGAAACUGCCCCAGCCACAGCCGACAAGGAUAUGUUUAAGGGCGAUAAAAAUAAAUCCAAAAAAGGUGGUCUGGCUAUCGCUGUUCCUGGUGAAGUGCGCGGUAUGUACGAGGCUUGGAAACGACAUCACCGGUUACCAUGGAAACAACUUGUUCAACCCGCCAUUGAUUUGGCCAGAAAUGGAUUUAACGUAACUGAAGCUGUGGAAGAUGCACUUAAUACGACAGAAGGAAUCCAAAAAGAUAUUGAAAACGACCCGGGAUUGCGUGAGCUGCUCCUUAUUGAUAACAAUACGCUGGUUAAAAAAGGAAAUUCUAUGAGGAACGAAAAGUACGCAAAGACUCUGGAAAGAGUGCGUGACGAUCCUGACUCCUUUUACAGUGGGGCACUUGCCAGAGACAUAUUGCGUGACGUUAAGAAAGUCAAUGGGAGCGUGACUGAAGAAGAUUUAAGGAGUUAUGGGCCGAUUGUAAGAGAGCCAUACCAGAGUAACAUUACGAACAUGACAAUGUACCUGACCCCGCCACCCACAAGUGGCGCUGUGCUAGCACUGAUCUUAAACAUUUUAAGAGGUUACAACAUGACAUCAUCAGCUCGCGAUGACAAAAACUACACCGUGGAAACGUAUCAUCGAAUCAUUGAAUCUUUUAAGUUCAGUUAUGCGUGGCGCAGUCUGCUUGGAGAUCCCGAUUUUAACUCCACGAUAGAAAAAAAAGCAGAAGAAAUGGUAAAACAAAAACUUGGUGAUGACCUUCGUCAAAAAAUAUGGGAUAACAAGACUUACACGAAUGUAUCGUAUUACGCGGAUUCCUUUUCGAACGCUGAUUACGGUACGACACACGUGGCUGUACUGGACCAAUAUGGAGACGCAGUUUCUGUGACAUCCACUAUCAACAUGAGGUUUGGCGCUAAAUAUCGAUCCACUGAAACAGGCAUCAUUUACAACAAUGAGAUGGCAGAUUUUGAUAUUCCUGGUCACGAAAUAGUGGAUGGUAUUUCUCCAUCCCCAUUCAAUUUUCCUGAGCCAGGCAAGCGACCGUUCUCUUCCAUGUGUCCCACCAUUUUAACCGAUAACGAAGGAAAAGUUCGGCUUGUUAUCGGUGCCUCUGGCGGGAAAAGGAUAACCACAGCUGUGUCACUGGUCUUAAUGAACAAACUCUGGUUUGGAGAUGACUUGUCUGAGGCGGUAAACGAACCUCGACUGCACACACAAAUGGUGCCUGAUCAGAGAGUAUUUUAUGAAAACAAUAAGAAAUAUCGCAUUAACAAAUACGUAAUAGAAGGCUUAAAACAACUAGGUCACAACGUCACUGGCAGUGAUUUCUUUGCUGUGGUACAGGCAAUCUCUAGGGAACCUGAAGGAAUAUACGCCAAGUCUGACCCGAGAAAGCAUGGUGCACCCGCGGGUCAAUAAAAGUGUGGUCCCGAGACACUCGCCCAACCAAAACUCGCUUGUAAACCCUAUGUAGUGAAGUAACACCGUUUUUUCCAUAAAUGAGCUAAAAAAUGCUGUGAGGCUUAGAGCUACCGAAUGAUGGCGCUUGACAAGGAUAGAAAAUACAUUUUCCUUUUCUUUUUUACAGCAGUUAUUCGGCGUCGUUUGUCGAAAUUAACGUUCUUCGUUGGGAUUUUAAAACGAUUUAUGAUACUUGUCAGUAAGGCUCUUUGAUAUCGUUCUCCGAUUUGAAGUAUGUUAAAUGAAAUAGACAGAAGCGUUGAAUUCAUUCGUCUUUUUCCGUUGAUUUAAUACUUAUGUUGUUUUCAUAAUCAUUAUGUUGUACUCAGUUCAGCAUGGAAUUGCUUUGCUUAGG